AUGGGGAAUGGNGACAUCCUUUCAGAAGGACGGAACGGCGUGAUUGUCAGCUUGGACAAAAGGAACUGCCUGGCCAAAGCCCUUGAUGAGGUGAAGACAGCCUUCCCCAAAGACAUGGAGAACGACAAGGCCAUGCUGAUAAUGACCAUGCUGUUGGCCAAAAAAGUGGCCAGUCACGCACCAUCUUUGCUCCGUGAUGUCUUCCACACGACCGUGAACUUUAUUAACCAGAACCUAUUCUCCUAUGUGAGGAACUUGGUUAGAAACGAGAUGGACUGANGAGCCCGCAGAAGCCCGAUAGUGACACUGCCUCCAGAGGAACUGCGACCAUGGAAAGACCUUGGCCUGAAGACAGGUCCCAGAGAACAGCUGUCUCCCUAUUUCCAGGUGGUGGGAACCCCAAGCUGGUAAUUCACUGGACAUCUCUGCGUUCAGCUUGAGUGUAUCUGAAGAGUUUACGCCGGCUCCUGCAUCCACACCAUGUACCUUUGUCCUAUCAGCUGUAUGGGUUCCCACUUGGGAAUGAUACUUAACAGCAGGCUGUAAGGCAGAAAAGCGUCUUUGUAAUGCCAAGUGACUGUUCCUGAGAGCCAGCUCUGGGACUGUCUUCACCAUGUGGGUGGGCUUCUGUCUAAGGAGAACAGCACAAGGAGAGGUGCAUCGGCCAUGAGCGUGACGUCCUCCCAGCCUAGUGGACACCGCAGUGCUCACAAGGCCUCCACCUGCCUUUGUAAAAGCCGAAUGGCUGAUCUCAAACCAUGGGAAGCCCGGCCACCCCACCAGACCCCACCCCUCCUCACCCCAGAGUUUAGCUGUUCCAGGGGUCAGCUGUUAUCUCAAGAUUUCUAUCCAAGUGGAAACAAACUGAAUCAUGCACACGACUUAUCUGUGUGAUGUCAGUUACACUCAGGCUCUUGCUAUGGAAUGCAAAGAACAACUCACAUACCAGUGUCAAACAGAACACACCGAAGAGACCUAAAACAGCAGCAGGUCACUCGGUUCACAGAAGGUGACUUCCAGUCAAGUCUGACACACUGUCUUGGUUGUAGANCACAGCUGCCAUCCUCUUUCCCUGGGUGACAUCGCAGAAGAUUCUACAUCAAAAGCAAAUGUUCCCUUCGCUUCUGUAUUUCAGAGACAAGGCCUCACUGUAUCCUCAAGCGUUGUUACGUCUUCUGCUGAACUCUGCUUAAAGCUGGGGUCGUCAGCACGAGCCGCCACACCCUGCAAGUAUUCUAGUUCUGAACUCAUCCCAGCCAUGGUGGCUGUGAUGGCUUGGCUGUAUCCUGUAAAUUAGUGGAUUUUUCUUUAGGAACAUGACCUUUGGGUGGGUAUAAUUGAGAAAUUAUUUUAAUUCAGUGAGUACUUUUCAUUCUGUUCUAAAAAUGUGUGAAUUGUCUUAAGUGGUAGAAACUUGUUUCUUCAAAAUAAAAGGGUCUUCUCUAGA